ACGGCAUCGGGCCCCUCGUCACCGGCAUCGUGCGGCAAGUGAUGGAGGCGAUGCACACGCCGGUCUACUUUGAGACCUAUGAGGUCCACGGCGACAUGCCCACGGUGCCUGCCAAGGUCAUCGAGUCCAUCCGCCGCAACAAGGUCUGCCUCCACACGGCCGACGGCGCCGCCACGCCUCCGUGUGGCCCUCCGCUCCCCCGCACCUCCACGCACGGUCCCCCCAUCGGCGUGGCCCCUCCGUCGAGACGUGGCGCCUUCUCCUCCUCCUUCUGCUUCCGCCAACGAUCACCGCGUGGAAUUCGGUGCGAUCCGAUUGGGGUUUCAUUAGAGUUCACCUGAAAUUCGAGGCGUGUUUGAUUGAUUGGUUGGUCUGAUUGAUUGAUCGAUCGAUCAGAGGACGGCGAAGGGGGAGAUGGCGACGUGCAAGGGGUCCUUCGAGUGCAUGCUCAGACUGCUCAACUUCUUCCUCACCCUCGCCGGCCUAGCCAUGGUCGGAUACGGGAUCUACCUGCUCGUCGAGUGGAUGAAGAUAUCAGGUGACGACGGUAGGGAAUCGCCGGUGGAGGUGCUCGUCUUCGGCCAGCCAUUGCUCACAGCCGUGGCGCUGCUAGUGGGGCUCAGCGAGGACGAGCGCUGCGAGAGGCUACACCGAAUGCCCAAGCGUGUAGCCAAGGCCUUCCCGACAACACCCGAGGUGUCGCUUCUUGGGCACAGAUGGGAAACUUGGUCGGCUCGUAAUGAAUUGGAGAAAAAACCAAUAAAAAUGGUAUGUUCGCAUGUUUCCUGCAUUGUAUUGUACACUUGAAUGCAAUCAUUGUCUGUUGCAUCAAUAUUGCCUUUCUUAUGAUUUUCUCCCCUGUACUAUUGUAUUUUGUCGCAAUCAU